AUGAAGUGGCUCAGCUUAUUUUGGUUACCUCUCGUUGCUGGAUGCAAAAGAACAAAGUUCACCAAAGAAGAUGGAAUGGCUCUAAAGAAUCACGUGAUAGAAACUGUCACGGUAUUUCAACCGGUAGCUUGUCACUGGCAAUGUGUGGACUCUCCUCUGUGUUUCUCUGUGAACAUCAGAAAGCAACUAAAUGGGUGGGUCACGUGUGAGCUGAACAAUUCCAGCAAAACCGCUGACCCACAAGAUUUGGUUCCGAGCAUCGGAAGUCAGUACUAUCAAAUGAAGGAACCUUCACGCUGCACCUUGGAAGAAUGUACUAACAAAGACGCCCUACCGGAUGGUUGGCUUAUGUUUGGGUCAAAACGCAUCAAGUUGUUUCACGAAAGAAAAACUUGGGGACAGGCAAAAAAGUUCUGUAGUUCAAUUGGUGGAGAGCUGGUGUCAAUCAUACGUGCGUAUGAAAAUGAGAUUGUCGCUAAUUUAAUCGGUCAAGUCAACACGAGUGCAGCAGGUGAAAAGCCUUAUCACAUCAUAGCACGCUGGCUUUUGGAUGGAACUGACAAUGACGUCAGCCUCUUCAAUGGAGCAAGGUACGAGAAGGACAACGGCGAAAAGUCGUUGUACUUGAACGGAGCGGGUGCCCACGCUACGACCCCAGCGGUUAACUUUAACAAGACUAGUUUUACCAUGGCCAGCUGGGUGAAACUUCAAACGCCUGUCAAUGAUCCGUCACCUAUUUACACCGACUGGAAAAAUGAAACUAACUUCCUUUUCAUCGCAUCCGACGGGAGCGCUCAAAACCUACGCUUUGGAGGUUAUAAUCAAAGGACCGGAUGGAAACCAUGGCUUGCAGCGGGAUCUCCACCGACUGACCAAUGGUUUCAUGCCGCAGCGGUCUGGGACCGACAAACAAGCGAGGUUCACUUAUUUCUAAACAGUAGCAAGAUCGGAACUGAGCAGGUACCGAAUGACACA